CUGCCCGUCAAACGAACGAGUGAUUUUUUCAUCGCCGCCGUGUGUGGAAAUUACGAAAUUUUAGUUUUAUUAAAAAAAUUUUGAAAAAACCCACUACAUAAAUUACCAAAAAAUGGCUUCAAUUUGUGGACGCAUGGCUUUCCGUGCCGCUGCACGUCAAAAUGUCACAUACACUCCAGUUCGCUUCUGCAAAAUGAUGAACGACCCCUUGGAACACGCUACCGGUAUUGAGAAGCGUGAAUUGUUGGCCAAAGCUGCCGGCAAUGAUAAUCCCUUCGACAUGAAAGUGUUCAAGCGUGGUGCUGGUACUAAGGAAAACCCCAACCUGAUACCCUCCGCUUUUGAUGCCCGUAUUGUGGGUUGCAUCUGCGAAGAAGAUCAAACCUAUGUACAAUGGAUGUGGCUACAAAAGGGUACCGCUAAACGUUGCGAAUGCGGCCAUUGGUUCAAAUUGGUUGAAAAGGCUGCCGUUUAAAUUUAGUUAAACAUCCCCUGUACACACCAUUUACAAAAAUAAACUUAAAAUGUCGUUCUGUUUUCAAAACUUAACAUAAAUUUAAAGAAAUUUAAGUUAAAAGUAACCUUAAACAAUAAACAUAAACCAAAAAACAAAAAACCUAAAAGUAUGAAGUAUAUGAAAUUAUUUUUUCGGAUAAAAAUCUUAACACAGUGAAAACUUGAGUCCAUCAUACCAACACUUAAGUUUUAAAAAAAAUAGGUUACUUUUUUCUUUAACUUGUUGAGGAAAUAUCUAUCAAUUAUUAUAUAAUAAAUGGCUUUGCAAGUGCCAUAAUUUUAAAUGAUAAAAUACUACACACACGCUUGUUAUGUUUAAGCCCAAAAGAAUAAUAAUAAAAGAAAUAUGUUAAAUGAAAACACUAACGUUAAAAGAA